ACCAACAAAUUUACUCCACUUAAAGGCUGCACAUUUUUCAAGGUAUGUCAGAAACCUUGAAAGCCGCAGCAGGUGGAGGUCCCGUCCAGCUCCACUGUGAAAUUUGCAUUUGAACCUACUGACGCUUCAAACAUUAAUCCAGUAUUUAUCAUUGUCCAGCUCUUUCUCUCUACAUAGAGUUUGCAGGAUACUAUUUUCCCUGUGGUAUGUGGAGGUGGUGUCAACGAGCAUGAAGAGAUACUCUGAGGUGUCCUGAGGAAGAAAAACAUCGAAGUCAGCAGAGAACAUCAUUAUUGCUGUGAAUUAUACUCCACACAGCAGGGUUAAACCCCUGUGCAGUGAUGUUUCAGCAACCAGUCCAACGAAUAUAAAAGCUUUCAGCUAAAACAUCUGUUGGAUAUGUCAUUAACAGGACAGCUGUAUAAGAUAAUAACUUUCUCAUUGCAGAUAUUUUUUCGCAGCCAUUUUCCAGAAAGCAUUUCUAUUGUCCUUCUGAGCGACCAGAUCAACAGAAGAACCUCCCGCCUCUUUACGCUGACACCACUCUCACUGGAGAAUAGUUCAGUCACCAACAUUAGAGUAGUGCAGUCUUACUGUACACACAACAAUGAACUUGGUAACAGCUUUACUCUUUACCUGCAGCUGGAUCUCUGUCUCCGUCUCUGAGUUUCACACUGUGGAGGUCCAGUCUGGUGAAGAAGUCACACUGAUGUGUACCAACUUCACCAGUUCUAUCAGUCACAUAGUCUGGUUCAGACUGGACAACGGACCCAACGCCACCUGCAUCUGCUCCAUGUCCAGCUAUAAUGCCAAUGUUACGCUCUAUGAUGGAUUUCAAAAUGGAAAGUUUAACAUGACGUCCAACAUGACUACCCUCUUUCUCCAGAUCAAACAAGUGGAUUCAUCCGACUCUGGACUCUAUUUCUGUGGAUCUAACUGGAACUAUAGGUCAAUAAUUGUCAGUGCAACGUACUUAAAGGUUCAAGAAGAGUCUGUUGAACUAGCAACUCUGACGAGUGCGAUCCUGAGUGCUCUGGUUAUUUUCCUCAUUAUCGUCGUCAUUGUUCUGGGUCUCAAAAUCAGGAAACUUCACACAGGUACUUAUUUAAAGGAAGAGGGACACAAUCCACAACACAGUGAGAAUCCAAGCUCUGCUGACGUGACCUAUGCAGCAGUGAAGUUCAAUUCAAAACUCAGAGAGAGCAGUCAGCCUGCAUCAAAGAGAGGGCUGGAGCUAAACGUUGAGUAAGCUGUCACCAGAUAGACUCAGGAAACCUCUGGAACAGCUGCUCAGAGUGGAACUGGUGCUUUAUCAUAUCAAUCUGCUUUUGGGGUUUUUUGUGCAGUUAGUGGAUGGGAG